GGGAAUCACUUACAUGACGUCCAGAAGUAGACCCUGAACUCAUUUAGUGUGAAGAAGUCUCUGUGUUUCCAGGCAGAGUUUUGAGUGCGUUUUUGCCUGUGCCAUGCGCACAUCUACCACCCAUGGGCAUAGCCAAGGGGAGGCAGGGGGAAGCUGUCCCCCUCCCCCAAAAAAUCAAGUAAAUUAAUAAAAAUGCUUAACGAACUGAGGUUCUGCCACCCCCUAAGAUGAAGCCUGCCCCCCAACAUAUCCUGGCUACGCCCAUGCUACCACCUAUUAAAUAAUUGUUAAUUACAGGUUAAAGAAAUCCAAUGGGAUAGAAUCUAGAUACAGAUAAAAAAGGGAGAGGUGAUGGCAAAAGAUUUUCUGGCAAGUACUGCCUUCGGAAAAUGGGGGGAAUAAAAUCUCCCAGACCUCUAUUGGUGAUGGGCACAUGUGGCCUGCCUCUGCAUCAGGUCUGAACCAUGUAUCUUCCUCACGCUGUAAUGGGAAUGAAAACACAUUCUUGAUAGGAAUUCUGUCUGUGAUCCUUAUAGAACUCUGUGGUUUACGUUCAUCAUGUGGAAGAAAGGGCUAUAUAUAUAUAUAUACAUAUAAGUGCUCUUUGGAGGUGAUGAAUUAAGUGGGCUUUCGUUUGUCUAUGCCGCAGGUGGAUAUGCCCAUAAUGCAGGACAGUUUGUUUGCAGAAACCUGUCCACCGUUGCUACAUCUGGGAUGCUAAAAACUCAGAGGGCACCUCUUCUACCUGUGGUGCUAAUGAAUGUGUUUAGUCAAGAUGAUGAGAAAGGCAGAAAGUUUGUUUCCUCAUUUAGCUGAAACUUCUGGUGGGUUGUUGUUUUUUUUAAAUCAUAAUUUUUCUCUUUGCCUUCCAAACCACAGCAAGGAGCAUGAGCGAGGUUCCAAGUAUAAUCCUGCCACAACAGAGAUUAUACAUUGUGAAAUAGAUGAUGCCUUGGUGUCAUAUCCCAAAUCUGCAGGCGUGUUUUGCUUUACAAUGGUUGAUACAGAAAUGCCGUUUUGGCCCAUGAACUUUGGAAUUAGCCCAGUGGACUUCUCUGGGAUGGAUGAACACUCGCAUUCCUUUGAUAUAAAGCCUUUCACUACAGUUGAUUUUUCAAGCCUUUCUUCACAACAUUAUGAGGACCUUCCUCCUCUCACAAGAACUGACCAGAUGACUGUUGACUAUAAAUACGACUUGAAGUUUCAAGAAUGCCAAAAUGAAAUCAAGAUCGAGCCUCCUUCUCCACCAUACUUCUCAGAAAAAGUGCAGAUGUACAAUAAACCUCAUGAAGAGACCUCCAAUUCUCUAAUGGCUAUUGAAUGCAGGGUUUGCGGAGACAAAGCGUCUGGAUUCCAUUACGGAGUGCAUGCAUGUGAAGGCUGCAAGGGUUUCUUUCGCAGAACAAUCCGGCUAAAGUUAAUCUAUGAUCGGUGUGAUCUCAACUGUCGCAUUCAUAAGAAAAGCAGAAAUAAAUGUCAGUACUGCAGAUUCCAGAAAUGCCUUGCAGUUGGAAUGUCACAUAAUGCUAUCCGGUUUGGGCGAAUGCCACAGGCUGAGAAGGAGAAGCUCUUGGCGGAGAUUUCGAGUGAUAUCGACCAGCUAAAUCCCGAGUCUGCUGACCUGCGGGCCCUUGCCAAGCUCCUGUAUGAUUCAUACAUAAAGUCCUUCCCGCUAACCAAAGCCAAGGCGAGGGCGAUCUUGACAGGAAAGGCAACAGACAAAUCGCCAUUUGUCAUUUAUGACAUGAAUUCCUUAAAGAUGGGAGAAGACCAGAUCAAGUGCAAACAUCUGACCCCCAUGCAAGAGCAGAAUAAAGAGGUUGCCAUCCGUAUCUUCCAGCGCUGCCAGUUCCGUUCCGUCGAGGCUGUUCAAGAGAUCACAGAAUUUGCCAAAAACAUUCCAGGUUUUGUAAAUCUAGACCUGAACGACCAAGUAACUCUCCUGAAAUAUGGGGUUCAUGAGAUCAUCUACACACUCCUUGCCUCCAUGAUGAAUAAAGAUGGUGUUCUCAUUUCCAAUGGUCAAGGGUUCAUGACUCGGGAGUUCCUGAAGAGCCUCCGGAAACCCUUUUGUGACUUUAUGGAGCCCAAGUUUGAAUUCGCUGUCAAAUUCAACGCACUGGAAUUAGACGACAGCGACCUGGCAAUAUUUAUAGCUGUCAUCAUUCUUAGUGGAGAUCGCCCUGGAUUAAUAAAUGUGAAGCCCAUUGAAGAUAUCCAAGACAAUUUGCUGCAAGCUUUAGAACUCCAGUUGAAGCUGAAUCACCCAGAGUCAUCACAGCUGUUUGCAAAAUUGCUGCAGAAAAUGACAGACCUCAGACAGAUUGUAACAGAACAUGUGCAGCUGUUGCAAAUUAUAAAGAAAACGGAGACAGAUAUGAGCCUUCAUCCACUCCUACAAGAGAUUUACAAAGACUUGUAUUAAGGGAUGCAGAAUUUCUAAUCCAUUGACAUGAUGUACGUUGUUCAAAUUGCACUACUUCUUUGAGAGGGAAAAAUAUUACAUACUUAAGAAAUUACUGUGAAGAAAAAGCAUUUUAAAAAGAGAGGCAGAGCUUUUACUAUUAUAGAUCUAUUUUAUGCCUAUUGUUUAUAAAGACACAUUUACAAUUUACUUUUAAUAUUAAAAUGUAUAUAUAUAUAUAUUAUAUCAUUAAAUUGUUGGCAGUAUUUUCCAGAUUAAUUUUUUUA